AUGAUCCUAUUUAAAAAAUUCAGAAACGGUAAGAGCCAUGACACAAUUUUAAAUAUUUCUGAAAAGAAAAUAGUAAUUCGAUUUCCUAUCUUAUGGUAGCCAGAAAGUCAAGAAUGAAAGUCAUGUUAACUUGUUUGAUAUGAUGCUAUGAUGUUUGCCAUUUUCACGCUGUAAUUUAACGUUUUCAUAAGUAAAUGUUUUGUAAAAAAAGAAGUAAUCGACUCCUCAAAAAGGAAAGUUCUGCACGAGUUAUUCAAACCUAAGAAGUACGGAAUUAUUUUCCGCUUUAAGAAGUUACUUUCAACUACAUAGAAAAGCAGGAUCGUCGCUACAGUAGGGCGUAGAGAGUGUGACACCCCCUUGGAAAAUAAUUUUAUUGCAACAAAGAGGUUUUUUUUGCCUAAAAGGGGUGCUUCGUCGGGAAACUUUGAGGCUUGUCUGCAAAUAAAGAAUAACUCCCUCACUUUGUCGGCAAAUAUAACCUGGGCAACCCCUUUGAGCAAGUGACGGCCCUGUGUUUCAGUGCCAUAGAAAGGAUAGAAUAAUUAGAGAGACAUUGUUUGAGGACAAUAGGAACAAAAUGAGACCAUGCGACCAGGCUGAUCUGUCAUUAGCAAUUUUAUUCAAGGCUUAGUUUAAUAAUUUAAAACGACAAAGUCAAUAAACAUGCAAGCAAUUUUGAAAUGAAAGAAAUAGUAAAAGUAAAUAAUUUUGGCGAGAAGGCUCUAAGAAAGUCUGAAUACUUGCAAGCACAUUAUUGCGAUUUUCUGCCGUCCCAGAAUCCAAGAAAGUUAAAAAUGAAUAUUGAAUGUAUUCAUAUUUUUCAGAAAAGGCUUUCUUUUCUUUUGAGAGCAAAGACAGUUGCUUAGUUGAUGUGAAUUUACAUACCAAACACGCAGCAUGAAGUAUUUAGUAAUUUUCUUAUCGAAUGCUGCAAAGUCUAAAUUAUGAAGGGAAUAAAUUUUCUUGUUAUCAGCUUUUGUUCCGUUGCGAAGAGAACUAGGGCCGUUCCAAACUCACUAUUACGAUGUUCUGUCAUCCAGAGUCUGCGUAAAAUUUUGAGAAAUUAGAAAACUUUGAAUAGCCUUUGAUUGUCAAAUUCUAUGAAAAUUCAAGAAAAUUUCAGUACUGAAAAAAAUGUAUGUAUCAUUAAGUAGGAUGGAGGUCUGAAAAGUUGAGUAAAACGAUUGUAAAAACAAAGACACGAUGGUUAAUAGCUUUGCAUAAUUAGCGGGUGACUGAGUGACCUGGUUUUACUGUUUGACAUUAAGAAACAGUAGAAUAGAAUGGAAAUUUGUAAACGACCACCUGACUCUCAUGCUCCUUUUCUAAUAAAAUCGAACGCCGCACAGGUGACUUGACUCAGAAUUUACAUCUGUAUAUCAAGAUGAGGAAUAAACAUUUCGAUCAUGAGCGCUCUGGAUGGAAAAUUAAGUUUUUUCAAUUAGAAGACAGGCGAUGUUUUUGAUAUCAGUUGCCCUCCUGAAGCUCUGCUCGUCCAUAGCAAAUUAGCUUCGCAGUCACGUUUCCUAGCAACCAGACGUAUAGCUGGAUAGAUCUAUAACAUUGAGUUGAAGGCUGUCCGAAAUCAGAAUGGAGAGAAUGUCGUUUCUUAUGGCAGAUUUCGCUUGCUUGUAAUGGGAGUUUCGACGGAUGGCGUUGCGAUGGGAGGUGAACGAUUCAAGGUAGCUGUUCGAGUUAGGCCAAUAAAUGAUGCAGAAAUCGAAAAUGGAUGCACUGAUAUUGCUCAUGUUAUCGACGUGGAAAAAAUGGUGGUUCUUAUGGACCCGAUUGACGAUGCUGAUGAUAUCCUACGAGCAAACAGGUCAAGGGAAAAGCAAUACGUAUUUGACUUAUCUUUCGGACCAUCAGCUACCCAGAAAGAAGUAUACGAGCAUACGACCAAGGAUUUGAUCGAGUCGGUUGUUGAUGGCUUCAAUGCAACUGUUUUUGCUUAUGGCCCAACAGGGGCUGGUAAGACACAUACGAUGCUGGGACUUGACUCUGACCCUGGUAUCAUGGUCAGAACAUUAAACGACUUGUUUAAGAAAAUGGAAUUGACAAGUGAUGACUCAAGCUACGUCGUAACAAUGUCUUAUUUGGAGAUUUAUAAUGAAAUGAUUCGUGAUUUACUGAACCCAUCUUCGGGGUACCUCGAUUUGAGGGAAGAUUCGAAAGGUGUUGUUGUUGCUGGUUUAUCAGAAAUGACAGCCUCUACGACGAAAGAGGUCAUGCAGAUGCUGUCAAUGGGCAACAAACAGAGGACCUGUGAACCAACAGCAGUUAACAAGACGUCGUCCCGUUCCCAUGCUGUCUUACAGGUGACAGUGAAGCAGAAAAGUCGCGUUAGAAAUAUCAUGGAAGAAGUCAAAAUCGGCAAAUUAUUUAUGAUCGAUCUUGCAGGAUCAGAGAGAGCUGCAAAUACACAGAAUCGCGGGAAAAGACUCAUCGAAGGCGCUCACAUCAAUAGAUCACUACUGGCUCUUGGAAAUUGUAUCAAUGCUUUAUGUGAAAAAGGAGUACGGGGCUCACAAUACAUCAACUUUCGAGAUAGCAAGCUAACACGACUAUUAAAGGAUUCUCUUGGAGGUAAUUGUCGGACAGUGAUGAUUGCUCACAUCAGCCCGGCGAGCAUGUGUUAUGAAGAAUCAAAGAACACAUUGAAUUAUGCAGACAGGGCGAAGAAUAUUAAGCUUAAGGUCAAAAGAAACCAGUAUAACGUGAAUUAUCACAUCGCCCAGUAUCAGACGAUCAUAGCGGAACUGAGACAAGAGGUUCUACGAUUAAAAGCCAAAUUAGCUGAUAGCGAGCUAAAGUCUCAUCAAGGCUCAGCAACAUCUGCAACAUUUCGUGGCUGCAAGGAAUCGAAAGUGCUUGAAAAACUUCGCAGUGAGCUUGUCGAGAGCUUCCAGGAGCAAAUGGAAAUACGGCGGCAGUUAAUCGAUCUUGAAGAUUCUGCGAUGCGAAUGUCCAGUGAAUAUUCGCGUCAUAUGCUGGUUAUUGACGAAUGGGAGAGAGACAAGGCAAAGAGGCAAGCAAAACUAGAAAUAGAACAACUAGCUUCGAAUCCAGAACCAAGAAAGAAACCACAGAUAGUUAAGAAAAAGGUUUUAUAUCGAAAAGCAAAACAGGGCACAUUUGAUGUGGAAAACAAGGACUUAGACACAGAAAAAAAUUUACUGCGUUCGUAUGACGAGGGCUGGGAACCAGCUGACGUCAUCGCUGCUAGAGAAGAAGUGCAGCAGAUUUCUCUGAAGGAAAAGGACACGUUUGAUCAGAAAAAAGAACUGCAAGAUAUCUUAGAGGAUUUACGCAAAAAACGUGGAGAAAUUGAGGAUAGUUUACCGAGAAAGAUAUCUUGUGAUGGCCAUAGAGAAUUGUUAAAGUUAUUGUGUAAUGUUCAUGAACUUGAAUUGAAAAAUACAGAGCUUGAAUCGUUAGCUAUGUUGAAAGAUCAUUUAAUGCAGCAAAGUGACUUCAAUUUGCAAAAACAGGAGGUUAAGCAAAAGUUAUGCGAUGAGAUCAUACAGCUUCAAAGAGCAUCGCUAGAAGAUAAUGAUAUCCAGGCUUCAUCUGAGCUUGAAGCACUGUAUCAAAUCUACCAGCAACAAAUAUCAGAUUCGGAUUCAGCGACAAAUUAUGGUUCGUCAACAGUUCUUCCAAAUGCUAUUGGCGGCAAGAACCAAGAUGUCAAAUUUGGAAAUACGCCAGGCACAAGUUCCGUUCCGUCAUUAACAACGGUUAUGGAAGAUCGAUUGUCGAAUACGAGACCAGAGGGUAGGAAUACAAGGAAGCGCUGGAUUGAAAGCGUCUCUGAUAUCGAGGCUGAUGAUGGGUCACGUCGCGACUUUUCGAUGGCAGAGGGAGGACUGGCAAACGGCAAGAUUGCAGUGCCAUCACUCAUACGGCAGGAUACUUCAACAACAUUCACAUUGGAUGACGAUAGAAGCGCAGUUGAGGAUCUCACUGUAGUAAAACCGCAUAUAAGGAGACACAGAGCGAAGAAGCAGUCAGUCCAUGGUGCAGCGAGUGAUAACGAAGUAGUAAUAAGGCAUCACCGCAAAACGGGAAAAGACACUUACAUAGGAAAAACUGCAUCAGAUAUGAAACUGAGAAAUAAAAAGUUGAUUUCAAAGAGAUAUGCUCAUACUUCUAACAGCAUGAAUGAUUUAUCCGCGAUUAAAACGCCAAAAAAUGACAACAGCAGCACUGAGGAUUUGCAUAAAAUUGAUAGCAUCGAAGAAAGACAGCAAAGGCCGAGACAGAGGUCAAGCUCACUGGACAUGGGAAGAGAAAAACUUCGUCUUCGCAUGGCUGCUGUGGAAAAGAAAACACGAAAACAGCUAACGAAAAAACCUAGCGAUUCAAACAUACCCAUACCAAGGCUGAGGCGGAAGAAGAUUUCAAUGGACGAGUUAUCCGUUGUCACUGUCGAUUCUAAGAUAAACCACAAGCAAUCACCCCACCGGGAUAAAGAUGAUUUUAGGAAUAUUCCUCACCACGCAACCCCGACGUACGUGUCGCAAACCGGUGCCAACAGUACCCCGACUGCCAGGGCCUCUUUGCAUCGCAAACAGCAGAAGGCACUUCAUAUUGACAGAGUGGCAUUUGGUGGGAUCAUCCCAGUGCAAUCAAAACCAAAGCUUAAUAGAAAGUCAAAAGAAGGACUUAGCGAUAGCUUGGCUGUCAGCGGAUUCUCAGUUGUUCCCAAGCAAACGAGGCCAGGCCAUAAGCGGUUUUAGUAUCAACAUGUCUGUUUUAGAGCCUGGACAAUCAUCAAGAAAUAAUUUUCUAGCGAAGAUAGAGUUAUUUGCAUAUUUUAUUUGUGGGUUUCUAAUUUCUUUGUAUGGCAUAGAAGUUUCAAAUUCAACGCGCUGACAUGAAAAGACAAAACUUUAGUUCCAAGGACAGUGCUUCAAGCUUUAAACCCUUUGUGGUUUCUUUGGUAGCCCAAGGUUUUUUAGCAUUUUGAAGAUGUCAAUUCUUCCAAAGAAGGAAUUUAGAAGGAGUUAUAUAUAUGUAUUGAAAAUUACAAGCAAAUAAACAAGAAAGGUAAUAUAAACAUCAUUAAACUACUUCUACCAAUGAAAAUACCAAUGCUACCCAAGGAAAGCUUUUCAUGGCCAAAUCUAUGCCUCAGAGAAUGUUUAUAAUGCGGGAAAAUUCUAAUGAAAUAUUUAAUUUUUCUUUCUCUGAAUAAAUUAUUCUAUUUUGUAUGAUGUUCUUCUACAUUCUAUUUGUAUAUAUCGAGUAGUUGUUACAUAUUGUGUCUGGAAAGCUGAAGUGGAGUCCAGUGUAGUUUUCACUCAGCGAAUUUUCAUAGUAAUUGUAGAUGUAAAGUUAGCUUAAAGCAUUUUAAAUUUGGUAGAAAACGCACAGAAGAAUCAGCUCGUUUGGCAGGCAGCCUGGAAAGGCGCUUGACUAACUCUUGUUGCCAUCAGAAAUCUUGCUAAAUUGUUUUCAGAGCCAAGACCACAGUCUUAUCGCAACACAUCUCCUUUUGAAAGUAUUUCAAAACAAGUAUAAUGUUUCGCUCUCAGACAUGUUUAUCUUCAGCACAGUUACACAGGACUUGCAACGAAGCUAUUAUUCGUCAUAAGUUCUAUUGUAGGAAGUUUGAAUUCGCAAAAGGUUACACGCAGAGUUAAUGUUAAUAGAAUGAAGUUGAUUGUUUCUACGUUAUGACACAACCAUUAAACAGUUUCCUUGACAUUUAGUUGCACGCUUAAUGAAUUUUUUAUGAUCUGUUAAAAUAUAUUUAUAGACUUACUGGAUGUACCAAUUGAGUGGAAUGUCGAAUUAAGCACAGUACCUAACAUUAAUAUCAAUUUUGGAAGUAGUAUUUUUAAGAUGAUUGUAGUUGACUUUACACAGCAGUUUUGAAGUCAUUUUUAGAAUUUAAUUUUUCUGUUUUUGAUUGACCCGAGACUCUGUAAACAAUCUUAACAUAAUGCUAACAAUUGCAAUGCAAGUUACGUUACUUGCCAUUAAUUUUGAUAAAAAGCAGUAAUUUUACUACAGUUUAACGAAAGCUUUGUAGGUUGAUAACGAGGUUGAUCCAGA